UUUAAUAGUUCCAAACUACUUAAGUCUAUGGCUGGACAGAGGGGGCACUUAAAAAAGCUGCUUUUAAAUGUGAACAAUUCUUUUUUCUUGAAGCCUGUUCUUCCAAGAGAAACAACCAUUAUUACUCGGUGUUACGCGCUUUCCAUGCCUCUCUAAGCUGCCAGGAAACUGUGUAACACCAUUUGGGAUGAAGCUUGUGUUUCAUCACCUGCCAGCUUCUCUGCCACGCUGCCAGAUUCGUCCUGCGUUCGGCUGACUGUCCCUUCUGAAGCUGCCCGGAUAGGUGGGCACUUGAAUCUCUCUGGUGUUCUGCACCUGAGACUUGCUGUCUUUGGUGCCACCCUCCAGCCCCUCCCAGAUCUUGGGAAAAGCGCGGAAGUCUCCCGCAGCUUCUGGUCCCGGGGCGCAUUUGUUCACCUGGCCGCUCUCCAGUUCCCAGUCUCCCGGACUCUGGGGUUUCCAGGCUCCGCAGUCCUGCGGUUCCUGGGCGCAGGUGCCAGGAGCCCGCCGGGCGCUCAGGAGCUAAGGCCGCCCUGGAGCUAGGGCCGCCCGCCUGCGCACGGUGAUGCCGGGAUUGGGGGCGGGAGCGCCGCCUUCAUCUCCCGCGCGCUCGCUCGCUCCCGCCCCCUUCCCCGCCCCAAGCCCUCUCCUGCCUCAGCCGUGCUGGCUCCGCACUGCAGAUGCCUGCCGACCGCCCCGCGCUCGGUGGCCCCAGCGGUGCUUCGCAGGUCCCUUCGACCCCCGGGCUCCCGCCGCACUCUCGCUGCUCCCAAGGGCCCCUCGACUAAGGAGACUCGCUAAGUCCCGCGCGCGGAACCGCUACGCCGGCAGGGCGGCGGGGAUCCAGGCGGACGGUGGCCGCGCCGGAGCCCCGGGCUCUCUCGAAUGCGGCAGGACAAGCUGACCGGCUCCCUGAGGCGCGGAGGGAGAUGCCUGAAGCGGCAGGGUGGCGGCGGAGGAGGCGUGGGCACCAUUCUGAGCAAUGUGCUCAAAAAGCGCAGCUGUAUUUCUCGGACCGCACCCCGGCUGCUCUGCACCCUGGAGCCGGGAGUUGACACAAAGUUGAAGUUCACUCUUGAGCCAUCUUUAGGUCAGAAUGGUUUUCAGCAGUGGUACGAUGCUCUCAAGGCAGUUUGCAGACUAUCAACAGGAAUACCAAAGGAAUGGAGGAGAAAGGUUUGGUUGACCUUGGCAGAUCAUUAUUUGCACAGUAUAGCUAUUGAUUGGGACAAAACCAUGCGCUUCACUUUCAAUGAAAGGAGUAAUCCUGAUGAUGACUCCAUGGGAAUUCAGAUAGUCAAGGAUCUUCACCGCACAGGCUGCAGUUCUUACUGUGGCCAGGAGGCUGAGCAGGACAGGGUUGUGUUAAAACGGGUCCUUUUGGCCUAUGCUCGAUGGAACAAGAAUGUUGGUUACUGCCAAGGCUUUAACAUCCUGGCUGCUCUAAUUCUGGAAGUGGUGGAAGGCAAUGAAGGGGAUGCACUGAAAAUUAUGAUUUACCUUAUUGAUAAGGUACUUCCUGAAAGCUAUUUUGUCAAUAAUCUCCGGGCAUUGUCUGUGGAUAUGGCUGUCUUCAGAGAUCUCUUGAGACUGAAGCUCCCUGAAUUAUCUCAGCACCUGGAUACCCUUCAGAGAACUGCAAACAAGGAAAGUGGAGGUGGAUAUGAGCCCCCACUGACGAAUGUCUUCACGAUGCAGUGGUUUCUGACUCUUUUUGCUACGUGCCUCCCUAACCAUACAGUCUUAAAGAUUUGGGAUUCAGUCUUCUUUGAAGGUUCGGAAAUCAUCCUGAGGGUGUCGCUGGCCAUCUGGGCAAAAUUGGGAGAGCAGAUAGAAUGCUGUGAAACAGCUGACGAAUUCUACAGCACCAUGGGACGCCUUACCCAGGAGAUGCUAGAGAAUGACCUUCUGGAAAGCCAUGAACUCAUGCAGACUGUUUAUUCUAUGGCUCCAUUCCCUUUCCCACAGUUGGCAGAACUGAGGGAAAAAUACACCUACAACAUUACACCAUUCCCAGCCACAGUUAAACCCACCUCAGUUUCUGGACGACAUGGUAAGGUCAGAGACAGUGAUGAAGAGAAUGACCCAGACGAUGAAGAUGCUAUCACUAAUGCAGUGGGGUGCCUUGGACCUUUCAGCGGGCUCCUGGCACCCGAACUGCAGAAGUACCAAAAGCAAAUUAAAGAACCAAAUGAAGAGCAGAGUCUGCGGUCUAAUAACAUUGCAGAGCUGAGUCCAGGAGCGAUCAACUCUUGUCGAAGUGAGUACCACGCAGCUUUCAACAGUAUGAUGAUGGAGCGCAUGACCACGGAUAUCAACGCGCUGAAGCGGCAGUAUUCUCGGAUUAAGAAGAAGCAGCAACAGCAGGUUCAUCAGGUGUAUAUCCGGGCAGGCUCUUCAGAAGAAAAAGACCAUGGGUCCCUUUUAGGUACCAAGAACCAGGCACUUGAUGAUAAAGGGCCAGUGACCAGCAUUCUCCCAUCUCAGGUAAACAACUCUCCGGUCAUAAACCACCUUCUUUUAGGAAAGAAGGUGAAGAUGUCAAACAGACCUGCCAAGAAUGCGGUCAUCCACAUCCCCGGCCACACAGGAGGCAGAACGUCUCCUGUCCCUUAUGAAGACCUCAAGACGAAGCUCAAUUCUCCGUGGCGAACUCACAUCCGAGUCCACAAGAAGAACGUGACGAGGACCAAGAGUCAGCUGGGCUGCGGGGACACCGUAGGGCUGAUAGAAGAGCAGAAUGAGGGCUGCAAGACUAAGAGCCCAGGGGCAGCGGAGUUCCCCUCCAGCCGCGCCGCGGCAGCUGGAGGAGAAGGUGGCAGCUCGGAAGGCCGUGUGGGGAGGACAAUCGAAGGGCAGUCUCCGGAGCCAGCAUUUGGGGAUGCCGACGCUGACGUGUCUGCGGUCCAGGUGAAGUUAGAAGCCUUGGAACUGAACCGGAGGGAUGCUGCUGCCGACCCCGAGCCCAAGGCACACGCGCCCUGCCAACGGCACUUCCCGGAGCUGCCUGAUACGCCCGGGGAAACCAAACCUCCCCAGGGCGGCCACCUGAAAGCACCCAUCUUUAGCCCUUUCCCCAGCGUCAAACCACUGCGCAAGUCAGCCACUGCCAGGAACUUGGGAUUAUAUGGUCCUACAGAAAGGACCCCAACCGUGCACUUUCCUCACAUGAGCAGGGGCUUCAGCAAAUCCAGCGGUGGAAACAGUGGCACUAAGAAACGAUGAUGGCCUUCAGAAGCUUCGACUGUAGAUGCGCCUUCCCAUGGUGGUAAAAGGGUUCUGGCUGAGGCUCCCAAAGAGUGUUAAUUGUCCAGUGAAAAUGAAUAGAUAGGUUCAGAGAUGAACACCAGUCUGUAAAGAUGGGAAAUGGAACUUUUCUAGUGGGAGCCAGGACGGGGAUGUUUUCCCAACCACCGCUAACCGAUCCAGUGAAUUCUUGUGGCAGCAUAAAUAUUGUAGUUUUAAAGCGUGAAGUUUUCCCUAUUUUUAAUCGUGAGUUGUUUAGAAAAGACUGCGUAUUUAGACUGUUAACCCCUCUUCCUUCUUCCUGUUCUGAGGGCUGUCAGGGUCCCUGCGAUAACACUCCUCCAAACCUUCUGGUUCUCUGGGCGUUAGCGAUACUCAAGCAUGCACACACUAGCUCGCUAGAACAGAAACUGUACAAAGGAAGUAGGUUUCUUAGUUACAAAAAACAUCCUGAUUUCCCUCUUCCUGCCCCACUGGGGGAAUGUUUGUGUGUGUGCGUUUUUCUUCAGUAGUUUCUCUCAGCCAGUCUGAAGAUUGUUUUUUCAUUCUAGAGCUAAAGUGCAGGAGAAAAAUGUAGAUAGCCUUAGUUUCUCUUUCUGCCUGCAAAAUGAAGAAAACCCUUUAUCUGUUGAAAUUUAGGUUAAGCCGCCAAUUUGAAGAUCUUAUCCAGAGAACACACACGGGAUAUGCAUUAAGCAAUCGCUCUGAACGGCUUGCUGAUUCUGCUAAGCUUUCCCCAAGGUUCAUUUUUUUCCCCUCUAAGAAGAAUUAUGGUCCUCAGUGUUGGGAUGACUUGGUGGGCUCUCCAUGGAGCGUGUCCCGUGUUGUCCGCCGUGCAGCUCACUUACCUACCAGCUCUUCAUGGCAGACGCAGCGAUGCUCGAUCGUGGCUCGAGCCGUGUUCACGGCUGCUGCUCGGAAGCCAGAAACACAGCACCUGCAAUUCUGUUACUUGAAUUUUGUGCUUUUUUUGAUUGGAGCACUUUGUUGAGUACUUUUGUUACUUGAACACUGCCUUUCUUUGGAGAAGGCAUUAGUGCUUUCUAGCUCUCUCUUACCCACUUCUCUCCCGGUCCCAGCGGGUCAGAGACAGCACCUAUUAUCUCCACUAUGCAGAUGGGAACUCUGAGCCACACGAAGGUGAAGUAGCAUUACAGGCAGAUACUCAAGGUGAAUACUCCCAGUAUUCCCUGUGACUUGGUCACAUCUCUGGCACAAUAGGCGGAUUUACUGCUCUUUGUACACAGAUGCAUUGGCUGUAUAGGUUCUAAAAGCCAAGACUGGGAAGCCACUCACUGUACUCCCUCUCAACUCAGAGGACCUUUCUCCAGAUGGUACAGAGUCCCGUGAUGGCGUUUCACAAAAUCAGCUCUGUUUUUACCCAAAAAGGUAGUUCAUUUUAAAAAUGCUUCGUGCAGCUGUCGUUUGAACAAAGGCUCACUCCUCAGUCCCCUUGUCUUACUGUUAUCCGAAGAAUAGCCUCAGCAUCUUUAUCCUCCUCUCUGAUAGACCUUGACCAUGCCUGUAGGCACAUUGUCGAUGCACUCAUUGUUCAUUCGGGCUAAUUGGGUUGCCAAUUCUGAAACCAAAGCUAUAAUUUUAGAGAGGGCUUCUACUGUGAGAGGUAUUAAUUUUCAUAAUAAAAUAGAGAAUGUGGUAGUGUGGGCUUUUUUUUGAGUAGAAGACACAAGAAUGACAUACAGUGAGAAAAGCCAUGUUAUCCCUUUUGUGGUAUUUUUACCCCCAAAGGCACUGAAGGUGGAAAAUAUGACUACUGAGUUAUUGUGGUGUUGGUCUUGAAUUCUGUGCCACCUGAGGUUGGCAUGCAGCUUCUUAAAAAGCAGCCACACCCACCACCUCUGUCUUGGGAAGGGAGGAGGUGGGAUGUUGGGCUUACCUCGCGUCCCGCCGUGGGGAUGAGACCCGCUGCAUUUUUCAAAGUUAAGCAAAUGACACGAUUUUCUUCCAUCUGCUAAAACUUUACAGAUAAUGAUUCCACCUUAUAUUCUUUUCUCCUCCCCCACCCCAAUGAGUCAGAACAGACUCAUCCCUUUGAGGGAUGUCUGACUGGAAUGGAGGAGUAGUCUCUCUUCUCUUGAGUCAGCCCCGUGCUCCCUGAGGAUCUGGGUCCAGAGAGGUGGAUGCUGGGGCGGAGCCGCUUACCACAGUCCUUGGGAUGGCGCUGUUGUGUCUGCUAAGUGUCUUAGUGUUGGUGACACAGGCCCCACCAGUUUCCCUCUGAUGGUCUUUCUGGGAGAGGGACGGACCAGAUGGGCGCAUGCUUUGGAAGAAGUAUUUUAGCCCAAAUGGAAGAAUGAAUAACUGAAAGGAUCAUAGUCCUCAGAGGUCAAAAUGACCUUGUCAGGAUUUUAAAAACCGAAGGAUUUCUGUUGAAGCACUCUCUGUACCAAUAACAUGCAUGCAUUGUACCGUGUAAUCGCAAUGUGAAUCGGUCAACUUUGGAAACUUGCCUACUUUAGGAAAUAGAGAAAUCUGCAGUAGCCUUCACCACACAGCAUGUACAAAGACCAGUAUGGACUCGUUCUCCUCCCUACGUAUUGGACACUGUACUCAAGCACCAGAAGUACUUACCAAGUAGCGGUUUCUUGAUUUCUAGAUCUGUCUGUCCCCUGUCAGCACUUGUGCGGGGAGUCCCCUCCUUCCAGUGCUUCUGCACCUCAAUACUCUUACAAAAGCCUCCAGAUGGUUUAAACCUAGUUUGUAAUGUUUGACCUAUGGGCUGUCACUUUUUGAAACAUUGUAUUCCUUUUUUCUUUUUUCUUUUUUGUCUCUGUUGUUCUGAAGAAUUGUACUGAUGACAAAGACAUGCGCAUAAAGAUUCUUGUUGUUGUA